AUGUUCUUUAGUGGAAAUGCCUAUGGGAACAACCGUGGCGGGCGUUCACAAAAUCCUAACUAUAAUUGGCCAAAUUCCACUUCUGGGUCUGGUGCAGCUAAUGGUUCUGGGUACAAGGGUGGAUUCAGUUCUGGUAGUAGCGGGGAUCAUGGAGGCAGAGCUAACACUUUAAAAACGGGCGGAUUUAGUCGUUGGAAUCCCUCCAAUGAAACCAAUGAGGCGAAGAAUAGUGACAGCAGCUCUUUGGUGCCUAUUAGCAAAGACAAUUAUACUCCAGUUGCUUCUGUACAAGCUCGCGAUCAGGCCGAUGUGGAUCGUUGGAUGGUUGAGAAUAAUGUUUCGUUAAAUGGCGAGGAUGUGCCGUGCCCAGUUUUUGAAUUUGAAGAAUCAACCUUUCCAGGGAUGAUUGUUAAUCUUCUGUUAACUCAUUUUCAAAAACCGACACCAAUUCAAAGCAUUUCUUGGCCGGUCGCUUUGAGCGGGCAUGACUUGAUCUCAAUAGCAAAAACUGGUUCUGGCAAGACAAUUGGUUUCAUUUUGCCUUCUAUUGUGCAUGUUCAGUCACAGCCAACACGAAAUCUUCAGGAUGGACCGGCUGUCAUUAUUCUACUUCCAACUCGAGAGCUUGCUCAGCAAGUAGAACAAGUGGCUCAGGAAUACUGCAAAGUUAUGCGAAUUAAUCUUGCUUGUUGUUAUGGCGGUUCACCUAAGGGGCCACAGAUGUCAACUAUGAAGAGAGGUCUGUUUAGCACAGUUUUGAAUUUUACGGAUUUUAAUCUUGAUCAUUUCUCAGGUGUUGAUAUUUGUGUAGCUACGCCUGGCCGACUUACGGAUUUUAUUGACACGAAUGUUGUGAAGUUAAAACGUUGUUCUUUGCUUAUAAUGGAUGAGGCUGAUAGGAUGCUUGAUAUGGGUUUUGAGCCGCAAAUUCGUAAAAUUGCACAACAAAUUCGAAAUGAUCGCCAAACAUUAAUGUUCUCAGCAACUUGGCCACAAGAUGUGCGCAAACUUGCUUCAGAUUUUCAAAAGAAUCCAAUUCAUUUAACUGUUGGAUCUUUGGAGCUUUCUGCCAACCACAAUAUUGAGCAAAAUGUUGAAGUGAUUGAUGAGUAUAACAAAACAAAACGACUUGAAGAGAUACUUGAAGAUAUUACGAAACAAGUUCAAUCUAAGACGAUCAUUUUUGUCAAAACUAAAAGGAAGGCUUAUGAACUUUCUCGUUUGGUUCGUCAAUCUGGUUAUCCUGCAUUAUGUAUUCAUGGAGACAAAGACCAAAGUGAACGAAAUUGGGUUUUAGAACAUGUGCAUGACAUAAAAUUCGUGAUCAAUUACGAUUACCCAAACAGUUCAGAAGAUUAUAUCCAUCGAAUUGGGCGCACUGGGCGUCGUGAUCAGAAGGGAACUGCUUAUUCCUUUUUUACAAGUGGAGACAAUGCAAAGGCAGCUGAUCUAGUCAAGGUCUUACAAGAGGCUAAUCAGAACAUCCCAGAAGAAUUGGAGAUAAUUGCGUUUAUGCGUGAUGGACGGGGCAGAGGUAAUGGUCGAAAGCGCGAUUGGAAUUCUGGAAACGAAAAUUCAUAUGGCGGGAGAGGCAGAGGGGGAGGAAGCCGAGGCAGAGGCGAUAGUGGGCGUGGGAAAUUUGAUGGAUUUGGAGGAGGAGAGUCAAAGCGUAUUCGAUAUGAUGAUGAAGGUGAAGCAAGUCCUUACAAAUCAAACAAUUCAAGAGGAUCUCGCAACUUUCGAGGCGGAAGAGGUGGUGGAUACUCAGGCAAUUCGGGGCGGUCUGAUUCGCGCUGGUAG